UAUCAUUACAGAGUCCAACAUAACAAAUGAACCACAAGUGUACUCCUCCUUUGAAAACACUCGCUGUAAUUUGACUGUAUCUUUCAUUUCACCAGAAAGAUGGUCUGUAAUUCUAAGUGCUCUGUGAAUCUUCAGAUCAAGAGAGAAUGGGACAGGAUUUAGGUUAAAGGAAAACAGCUGCCUGUUGCUUUAGGGAAAGAGGAAACAUGACUGUUGUACCUGCAUCAGGGGGUAUUGCAAUCCCACCCCAAAUGUCUCCGAUAAUGGAAGUGGACACAGAGGAGGACAGUGAAGACCCAAUUCCAGCUCCAAGUGCAGGACGUAAAUUUAACAUCAACAACAGCAACAACAAUGAAGAAAGACAAGAAGAAUAAGAAAAGGAGAAAAAAGAAAAGAAGGAGAAGAAAGAGAAAAAAGAAAAGAAAGAAAAAAAAGAAGAAAAAGAGAAGAAGAAACAAAAGGAUGAAAAAGAGAAAGAAAAUGAGAAAGAAAAGGAAAAGGAAAAGGAAAAAGAGAAAGAAAAAGAAAAAGAAAAGGAAAAGGAAAAAGAAAAAGAAAAGGAGAAGCAAAAAGAGAAAAAGGAGGGGCCUAAGGAGGUGUUUGUGAUUAACCCAGCGGGACUUCUGUACUAUCAAUGGCUGCUUAUAAUCACAAUUCCUGUCAUGUACAAUUGGACAGCUAUAAUUGCAAGAGCCUGCUUUGAGGAGCUGCAGCAUGAAUAUCUCCUGAUAUGGUUCCUCCUGGACUACACCUCUGACCUGCUUUAUUUGGCUGACAUGGCCUUCAGAGCACGAACAGGUUACCUGGAACAGGGCUUACUCGUCAAAGACGAAAAGCUCCUUCUUCAGCGAUACAAAGAAAGCUUCCAGUUCCGCAUCGACGUCAUCUCUAUGCUACCCACGGACAUCUUCUACUUAGUUUUAGGGUUAGACUACCCAGAGAUCCGCAUAAACAAGUUGCUCCGCCUGAACCGCAUGUUUGAGUUCUUCACGAUCUCAGAAACCAUGACCAACUACCCCAACAUCUUCAGAAUCUGCACUUUGAUCAUGUAUAUCCUCAUCAUCAUCCACUGGAACGCAUGCCUCUACUUCUCCUUCUCCAAGUCCAUUGGGUUCGGCUCAGAUGCGUGGGUGUAUCCCGAUCUCGAAGAAGAUGAGUUUGGAGAGCUGAUGCGAAAAUAUUCCUUCAGCCUCUACUGGUCCACUCUUACCCUCACCACCAUCGGAGAGACGCCGUCUCCCGAGCUAGACUCUGAAUUCCUCUUUCACGUGGUUGACUUCCUGGUGGGUGUCUUGAUCUUUGCCACCAUCGUGGGUAACAUUGCAACAAUGAUCUCAAAUAUGAAUGCGGCCCAGGCUCAGUUCCAAGCCAGGAUUGACAACAUCAAGCAGUACAUGCAUGCACGUCAUGUCAGCAAGGAUCUUGAGAUACGUGUCAUCAAGUGGUUUGACUAUCUGUGGACCAACCAAAAAGCACAAGAUGAACGAGAGGUGCUGAGGUACUUGCCAGACAAGUUACGGGCGGAGAUAGGCAUGAACGUGCACUUAGAUACCCUCAAGAAGGUGCGGAUCUUUGCAGACUGUGAAGCAGGACUGCUGAUCGAGUUGGUGUUGAAGCUUCGCCCUCAAGUCUUCAGUCCCGGUGACUACAUCUGUCGCAAGGGCGAUAUUGGCCGGGAGAUGUACAUCAUAAAGGAUGGCAAACUUGCUGUGGUGGCUGACGAUGGCGUCACUCAGUUUGUCGUCCUUGGCGAUGGAAGCUACUUUGGAGAAAUCAGCAUUCUAAACAUUAAGGGAAGCAAGGCCGGAAACCGUAGAACGGCCAACAUUCGAAGCAUAGGAUACUCAGACCUCUUCUGUCUGUCCAAAGAUGAUCUGAUGGAGGCUCUGACUGAAUAUCCUGAUGCUAAGGCUAUGCUGGAGGACAAAGGGAGACAGAUUCUGCUGAAGGAUGGUCUGCUAGAGCUGGACCCUGCAAAACUCAAGCCAGAUGAGAGGGACUUGGAGGACCGUGUAAACCGAAUAUAUAGCACAAUGCAGAUCAUGCAGACCAAGGUGAAGAAGCUGCUGGCUGAACAGGAGGAGACGCAAAAGGAUAUCAGAAGGCGGAUUGUUCAGAUAGAGCGCUUUGCUGGGGAGGAGGUGGAAGAUGAAGAUGAAGAGGAAGAGAAGGAGAAGACUGAAGAAACAGAAGAGGAAAAGAAAGAGGAAGAGGCAGAGAAAGAGAUGUUAGAAGAAGACAAGGAAAAGACGGAAGAAAAAGAGGAGGAAAAAGUGGAGGAAGCGACUGAAGAGGAAAAGAAAGAGGAAGAGGCAGAGAAAGAGAUGUUAGAAGAAGACAAGGAAAAGACGGAAGAAAAAGAGGAGGAAAAGGUGGAGGAAGCGACUGAAGAGGAAAAGAAAGAUGGGGAGUCAUAGGAUAAGACCAUAUGAGACUGUUUCAUAAUAGCACAAUAUAGUCAAAUUAAAAACAAAAUCUCGUUCAUCUCUUUUCCGUAGUAACACUACUUUGUUUAGCCAAUUUGAAUGUGUUCAUCCACCAUAUGCUAAAUGUCUUGUGUAACCAAUAAUUUCUUGUCAUAUUCAAGAUAAUACUUGCAAAUAUGAGCGCUUUAAGAGAUCACCCAAAAGUAAAAAUUUGGUCAUUAAUUCUCAUGUCAUUCCAACAUCAUCAGAACACAAAUCAAGAUAUUUAUGAUGAAAUCCAAGAGCUUUCUGAUCCUCCAUAGACAGCAAGGGUCUUACUACAGUCAAGGCACAGAAAAGCAGUAAGGACAUUGUUUUUUUGUUUUUUUUUUUGCCAUUAUUAUGACAGGACAGAUCAGAAUGGACAGGAAGCAGAGUGGAAGAGAGAUAGGGGGCAGGAUCGGGAAAGGUCAUCAGAUAGUCGUCAGAUUCGAACACGGGACACCCGUAGCACAACGGCGCUGAAUGUCAGCGCACUGCCCAUAAGGCUGUUGCAAAGGCUGACAUCAGUGGUCCGUAAUUUUAGGAAGCUAUGAGAAUACGUUUUGUACUCGAAGAAAACAAAAAUAAUGACUUUGUUCAACAAUUCUUCCUUUUAUACAACCUUUUUAAGAAUGUCCUUACUAUGUUUUUGUGCCCUGACCGUGGUAGGACACUUGCUGUCUGUGGAGGGUCAGAGGGCUCUCGGAUUUCAUCUAAAAUAUCUUAAUUUGUGAUCUGAAGAUGAACAAAGGUCUUACGGGUUUGGAACCACAUGAGGGUGAGUAAUUACUGACAGAAUUUUCAUUUUUGGGUAAACUCACGUCACCACACAAACAGAUUACAGUGACAACAAAAAUAAUAGAAGCUCAAAUAAAUCUGGCUGAAAGAAAAACAAUAGCCUAUAAUCUGCAUACUGGGAUCUUUCAGCCAAAUCAUUUAACCUGAAUUUGUUUUGUUGUUUUACAUUAAGGAUGCAAAUUUUACAUCAUAUUUUCCAAUCAGCAUCAAAGCUGAACACUCAUGAAGUGAUUUAUGAGGUUUUGUAAAGCAAUGUGCUUGAUGGGCACAAGGGUGCAGCAGAGGAUCAAAGAUUAAUGACCCUUUCCUAAAACGUGAAAAUGACAGCAUUAACCACAAUUGAAGUGAUGUCAUGCCUUCCAUGGAAUCAGUAGUUUUGUAGAUAUUCUCUUUUCUUGUUAGAUAAACUAAAAUGUGUUUGGGGUAAGUUUAAAAAAACACAUUCACUAGCAAUCUGUUUAGAAAAUGUUUUUGAGACAUUUCCUACUACUGACAAAUUACAAAAUCACUGAAUUAAAAAAUUACCUGCCUAAUGAGACCUCUUUGUGAGACCCAAGCUUUUUAACCAAACGUAAGUAUCACACAUAUUAAUCAUUAUGGGUUUUGGACAGUUAUAUUUAAAUGUGAACCGUGUCAUUUCCUCACUGCUAGCAUCAUUAAAAGAAAACGCAAAAAUAA